AUGUCUGUGCGCUUCUCUUCAGCAUCCCGACGAAUGGGCUCUGUGCGCCUCUCAAGUGGAGGGUCAGGGCUGGGGGCCGGAAACACAUGUGGUGUGCCAGGCAUCGGAAAUGGCUUCUCAUGUGCCUUUGGGGGCAGCUCAUCAGCUGGAAGCUACAGUGGAGGGCUGGGCAGUGGAAGUGUUCCGUGUUCUACCUUCACUAGUAAUGAACAUGGCCUACUGUCAGGCAAUGAGAAGGUGACCAUGCAGAACCUCAAUGAUCGCCUGGCCUCCUACCUGGAGAAUGUCCAAGCAUUAGAGGAGGCCAAUGCUGACUUAGAGCAGAAGAUCAAGGACUGGUAUGAGAAAUUUGGACCUGGUUCUUGCCGUGGUCUUGACCAUGACUACAGCAGAUACUUUCCAAUCAUUGAUGAUCUUAGAAACCAGAUAAUUACUGCAACUACAAGUAACGCCAAUAUCGUCCUGCAAAAUGAUAAUGCAAGACUGACAGCUGAUGACUUUAGACUCAAGUUUGAAAAUGAGCUGGCCCUUCACCAGAGCGUGGAGGCAGACAUCAAUGGCUUGCGCAGAGUUCUCGAUGAGCUGACCUUGUGCAGAACCGACCUGGAGGUCCAGCUGGAAACACUCACUGAGGAGCUGGCCUACCUCAAGAAGAACCAUGAGGAGGAGAUGAAGGCGCUGCAGUGCGCGGCGGGAGGCAACGUGAACGUGGAGAUGAACGCGGCGCCCGGGGUGGACCUCACCGUGCUGCUCAACAACAUGCGGGCCGAGUACGAGGCCCUGGCCGAGCAGAACCGCAGGGAUGCCGAGGCCUGGUUCAACGAAAAGAGCGCCUCGCUGCAGCAGCAGAUCUCCAACGACGCCGGAGCCACCACCUCUGCCCGGAACGAGCUGACCGAGAUGAAGCGCACCAUGCAAACCCUGGAGAUCGAGCUCCAAUCCCUGUUAGCCACGAAACAAUCCCUGGAGUGCUCCUUAGUGGAGACAGAGGGCAACUACUGCACACAGCUGGCCCAGAUCCAGGCUCAGAUCGGGGCCCUGGAGGAGCAGCUGCACCAGGUCAGGACCGAGACUGAGGGCCAGAAGCUGGAGCAUGAGCAACUGUUGGAUAUCAAGGCCCACCUGGAAAAAGAGAUUGAGACCUACUGCCGCCUGAUAGAUGGAGAUGAUAGCUCUUGUUUUAAAUCAAAAGGCCAAGGUGGACCGAGAAAUCAGAUCAAAGACUCAUCUAAACCCACCAUCGUUAAAACAGUUGUUGAAGAAUUAGAUCCUCGUGGCAAAGUUCUCUCGUCCAGAGUCCACACCAUGGAGGAGAAACCCACCAAAGCCAACAAGAGUGAGCAGAGAGUGCCUUCUUAA